AGAAGGAAGGAGUAGAUGCGAGAGGACAGUGGAAGAGGGUGGGAAGGAAGGAGCGCGAGGCCUGGCCCGGAAGCUAGGUGAGUUCGGCAUCCGAGCUGAGGGACCCUAGCCUGAGACGCCGCGGCUGCCCCGCCGGAUUAUCCGGCCUCUGUCCCUGAUGGGAUUCCUGUCCGAGCCGUCUCGAGCCUGCAGCGACCCAGGCUGUGGCCCUCGCCCAGGUUCACUGCAGCGGUCCAGAGGUCCCCACGAGCUGCUGCUGGCGAGCCCGCUACCGCAGGGACCUAUGGAGCCAUUCUGUAGUGCCAUUCCGAGCAACACACUGCCGCAGCUUCUCUGAACCUUUCCAGCAAGUUUGUUCAAGAUUGGCUGUCAAGAAUCAUGGACUGUUAUUAUAUGCCUUGUUUUCUGUCAAGACACCAUGAUUCCUGGUAACCGAAUGCUGAUGGUCGUUUUAUUAUGCCAAGUCCUGCUAGGAGGCUCGAGCCAUGCUAGUUUGAUACCUGAGACCGGGAAGAAAAAAGUCGCCGAGAUUCAGGGCCACGCGGGAGGACGCCGCUCAGGGCAGAGCCAUGAGCUCCUGCGGGACUUCGAGGCGACACUUCUGCAGAUGUUCGGGCUGCGCCGCCGUCCGCAGCCGAGCAAGAGCGCAGUCAUCCCGGAUUACAUGCGGGAUCUUUACCGGCUCCAGUCUGGGGAGGAGGAGGAGGAAGAGCAGAUCCAGGGAACUGGUCUGGAGUACCCGGAGCGUCCAGCCAGCCGGGCCAACACCGUAAGGAGUUUCCAUCACGAAGAACAUCUGGAGCACAUCCCAGGGACCAGUGAAAACUCUGCAUUUCGUUUCCUCUUCAACCUCAGCAGCAUCCCAGAGAAUGAGGUGAUCUCCUCUGCAGAGCUCCGGCUAUUUCGGGAGCAGGUGGACCAGGGCCCUGACUGGGAACAGGGCUUCCACCGUAUAAACAUUUAUGAGGUUAUGAAACCACCAGCAGAAAUGGUGCCUGGGCACCUUAUCACACGACUACUGGACACCAGACUAGUCCACCACAAUGUGACACGGUGGGAAACUUUCGACGUGAGCCCUGCAGUCCUUCGCUGGACCCGGGAAAAGCAGCCCAAUUAUGGGCUGGCCAUUGAGGUGACUCACCUCCACCAGACACGGACCCACCAGGGCCAGCAUGUCAGGAUUAGCCGAUCGUUACCUCAAGGGAGUGGAGAUUGGGCCCAGCUUCGGCCUCUCCUAGUCACUUUUGGCCAUGAUGGCCGGGGCAAUGCCUUGACCCGACGCCGGAGGGCCAAACGUAGCCCCAAGCAUCACCCACAGCGGUCCAGGAAGAAGAAUAAGAACUGCCGUCGCCAUUCUCUCUAUGUGGACUUCAGUGAUGUGGGCUGGAAUGACUGGAUUGUGGCCCCACCAGGCUACCAGGCCUUCUACUGCCAUGGGGACUGUCCCUUUCCACUGGCGGACCACCUCAACUCAACCAACCAUGCCAUUGUGCAAACCCUGGUCAACUCUGUCAAUUCCAGUAUCCCCAAGGCCUGUUGUGUCCCCACUGAACUGAGCGCCAUCUCCAUGUUGUACCUAGAUGAGUAUGACAAGGUGGUACUGAAAAAUUAUCAGGAGAUGGUGGUUGAGGGAUGUGGGUGCCGCUGAGAUCAGGCAGCCCUUGAGGGAAGACAGAUACACACACACACACACACACACACACACACACACACACACACACACACAUGCACACAUACACCCACAUAUACAUAAACACACAAACAUGUACACACACGUGCACACACACAUUCCUACUCACAUACAACACAGACUGCUUCCUUAUAGCUGGACUUUUAUCUUUUAAAAAAAAAAAGGAAAAAAACCUAAACAUUCACCUUGACCUUAUUUAUGACUU